UGACUGCUCUCCCUCGCAGCACUGAGCCUCUUUUACACGGACCUACAUGCCAGUCGGACUAACGCGGACACCAGCGCACUUGGUUGCAUGUUGUUGGAUUUGAAGGGUGCCUUUAACCUGAGCCUGUGCAUAUCUCUGAUUCUUUCACAAUGUUUUUAAAAGAUGCUGCACCUGUUUGCGAAUGUUGCAGAAAACGGGUAGAGCAGGACUGCUUGCCUUGCUGUUAAUAGUACUGGAGUGGACCAGGCCAGGCUUGCCGUCCCCCCUGAGGCCGAUCUGCGACCUGAGGGUCCUGAACCAUUUCAUAAAGGAAGCUCGAGACGCAGAAGUCGCUAUGAAGUCAUGUAGAGAAGGAUGCAGCCUGUCAGAGUCUGUCACUGUUCCCCAAACCACAGUCGACUUGGAUGUCUGGGAGAAGAAAAAUGCGCUGGAGCAAGCCCAGGAGGUGCAGACCGGCUUAUGGCUUUUACAACAGGCUCUCAGCUUGCUGCGGACGUCAGUCAGCAACACAGAACUGCACAGCCACAUAGACACCAGCAUCAGAAACCUGCUCAGCAUCAACGCUGUGCUGCGUAGCCUCAACAUCCAGGAAUAUACUCCACCAGCAAGUGCAGUGGGGCUGGAGGGAACAUGGAGGGCGUCCUCAGCAACAGAUCUGCUCCAAGUCCAUGUCAAUUUCCUCCGAGGUAAAGUGCACCUCCUCCUUUCCAAUGCACAGGCUUGCCAGCAAGAUGUCAGCUGAUCAGCUGAUCAACCUCCUCCAGGCAAAGGUAAUUUGUGUUUCCAAAGACAAGAGGAGGAACUUGACACUGUUAACCUGCACGCUGGCUGCUGGAAGCGGGGUGGAAAGAGAAAGACGGCAAUCCUCGCAUACAGGGAGGAGGCUGAAAGGAAAGGACAGUCCCAGCAAGGCUUUGGAUGGACAGGAGAUGACUGCACCUUGGAAUGUAGAUGUGAUUCAUGGACAUGGUGAAGCACACACUGACCAAAAUGAUGCCUUUGGGAAGCACUGCUCCAGUAGCUGUUCUACUGGCACUCUCUUGCACUUUGUGUGUGGAUGUACUUUAGUGUGGGUGAGUUAAGACUGAAAGUCUCAGUGUGCCUGUUUGUGUGUCUGUUUCCAGUGAGUUUCACCAACGACACUCAUCUUUCUAGAGUGAAUUGUGGAGUAAAACACAAAGUAAAUAUUGAUUGCACCUGGAAACUCAGACUGUGGGGUUGCAACAGGGCAUCAAUUUCCAAUACCACUGCAAAGAGGAAAAAAAGAAUGAGGCCUCACCCCUUUAACUUUUUCAGCUGUGCCUCACAAUACCAUUAGUCUCUUCUGUAGGAUUACUUUUUUCAGUAAAAUAAUAUUUUUUUUUAAGUUGUGUAAUUACUAUUUAUACAGAUUUUGUACUUUUAAGUUCCAGUCUUAGGGUUAGUGUCAGGUCUUUAAGAUUUUAGUUGGAUUUCAUUUGCAAUGGCACGUUGCUGCUAUCUUUUUAUGAAGAUUGUAUGUACCUGACUAGCUGUAUCACACUGCUAGCCCUUUCUCAAUCACAGAACAAAGGCCUAAUGAUAAGCUGAUGCUGAGGUUCAGUUUGUGAGCAAAGAAGGAAGAGGUCAGCAAGGAGCAUGACAUGAGAACUGUGAAGCUGUUUUUUAAUUAUCCAUGUUUUUGUUUUCUACCUAACCAACACUCAACCAGUCUCUCCACACUGAUAGCCAGACUGCCUGGAAAAAUUUACAAUUAACAUCCUGUGUGGCUGUAAUUGCAAAUAGUUUUCCAGAACCUGACGCUAACGCUGUCUCCUCCCUCCCUCUAUUGUUCGUCAUCAAACAGCAAGCAAGCAAUCAGUUAGUCUUGGGAACUUGAGGGUUUCUAUAAAAUUGAAUGCUCAACUAUUUAGGAUUAGUUAAGUGCUCUUCCUUGUUGUUUCCUUAUUUUUAUAUCUUGUUGUGCGAGUGCGAGAUGUUUUUAAGGAUGUUUGUAUGUUUUCUUUCCUGUUUUUUUUUGUUGUUGUUUUGUCCCAUCACUGUAUAAUUCACUAUUUAAAUACAAAAUAUUGUUCUUGGAUAAAGAGAGGAUAGAUGGAAACA